UUCACAAUGCCAUUUGUGUGCGGCUCUUCGUGUUGUGUGCGUCUUCGAACGUUUCGUUUGUCAGCAAAUCAAAGAUUUUCAAUAUUCAGUAUUCUUAUUUAUUAUUGAAUAUUGUUGUUGCUGUUUUGUUUUUGUUUUUGUGCUGGCUGCUGAUACUGCUGAUAACUUGUUGUUGUUUACACUUAAAAAAAAAAAAUGUUUAAAACUCGCACAUGGAUCACGUUAUCUUUCGGUUUACUAUUUUGCUCGAGCUUCCACAGAGCGUUAGCAGAAGAUGAGGAUAAUGAAUCUACAGAGUCCGAUGAGGCGAAAGACGAACAUAAUGUACGCGUAACCGAGAGUCGUUUAGCUGCACAACUCUUCGCCGUACUUGAGCAUUACAAGCAAGAAGACCCAUUGGGUUUCCCUGGCGCACCGAUUCCAGAUCCAAUGGAGGUGCCGGAUAUUCGUAAAAGCGUCGGUAUGGGUACGUUGAGUAUGUCGAAAGUGAAGGCGUAUGGAUUGUCCAAGUUUCGUAUCGACUCGAUAGAUGCGGAUUUAAAAGAAAUGGUGGUCGAUGCCGGCAUACAAUUGGAUAAGAUGGACGUAAAGGGAUUGUACACGCUCAACGCCCUCUUCUCCCGAGCUAAUGGUCCGUUCACUGUUGUGCUUAAAAACGUCUUUGUCAAGGCGCAUGCCACACUGUCUGUUGAAAGGGAUGGCCGCUUAACUACGGAACAGAUUAAAAUGGAUAUUACCUUCGGUGAUAUGACUACGGAUUUCCAGAAUUUAGGAUUUAUGGGCAACUUAUUCCAGAGUAUUGUAAACUCAGCGCCCACACUCGUUUUCGACGCCAUGAAACCAUUCAUGCUGCAAGAAGCGGAUAAGAAAUUGCGUGAUGAGAUAAAUGGAAAUCUGGAAAAAUUCUUAGGCGACCGACGCCUGCCUAACUCGAUUUCUCCACUCGAUAUGGCCAUAGCCGAAAGUCGAAGGGAAGUGCGUAGCAGGGGCUAUGAUCCCUACCAUUUGCCUGACUAUAAUCGUACCGCUGGCAUAUUUACUUUUCAGCUUGUGAACUCUUGGAUUUGGGGUGUGGCGAGUUUCUAUCGUGUGGGCGAUAUGUCGGUAGCGAUGCAAAACAACACAAUCAAAUUGCACUUCCAUGUGGGCACACAGGAGAUAGCUGGCGAAAGUCAUUGGGAAAUCGAUUUUGGUUUGGCAUCGCGUACAGGAACAUUUAAAUUCUCGAUUCAAUAUAUUCGCUUGACGGUGGAUGUCAGCCAAGCUUUGGAUACACGUAAGCGGCCACGUAUCAACGAUCUACAAAUCGAUUUGGGUAAUAUGCAAGUGCGCAGUGACGGCGCCGGUACAUUGGAUUAUAUUGCAGAGGCUGCUGUCAAUAUUUUACCUAAUUUAUUGCGUUAUCAAAUCAUGGAUGUACUAGAAAACCCCAUUAAGAUGCGUAUACAGGAGAAAUUCGAUACAAUUGAUGUAGAAAAGGCAAUCAAGGAUAACAUUGAGAAGUUCGAGACUAUGGGUAGUAACUUUUCAUUUGACUUUAAGUUAUAAAUGGAAAAUAUUUACUUUUACAUAUAUUUAUGUAUGUAUGUAUUUAGAGAAUUCGCUUUUAAAUAAAUGUAAGCUGAAGGGCUUUUGUGCUGCUAAAUAUUGUUUAAAGAUCGUAAUUACAUAUGGCGUAAAUAUUAAGUGUAAGGCGUAGCCAGCUGU